AUGGAUCACUCCCAAAUAAUAACUAUUGAAGACAUUGACGUGAGUGGGAGUUUAUCACGUUAUGAUGAUGUUGUUGAUUUGGAGAAAGACACUGAUGAGUUUGUUGAUGAUGAUAAGUGUGAAAUUAUGGAAGAUGAAGAUGGUGAUCAUGUGCAAAAUGAUGUACUUGAAAUUGUGGGAGAUGAUAUCAAUGAAUUUAGUGAGACUAGUUUUUUAUGUAGGGUCUUUGGGACAUCAGAAGAAGCUUAUGUUUUUUAUAAUGAUCAUGCAAAAGGUAAGGGGUUUGGAAUACGUAAGCAAUUUUUUAACAAGAGUGCAAGAACACAACAAAUAUAUAGGUGGAGAUAUGUGUGUUCGAAAGAAGGCAUCAAGAAAGUGAAUGAUAAAGUAGUUAAAAGGCGAAGGGAUACAAGGACUAAUUGUUUGGCGAUGUUACAAAUAAAGUUGGUGGAUGGAGUAUGGAAAGUGGAGAAGUUCAAUGAUACACACAAUCAUCCAUUGAUUAACACUCCAUCAAAGGUGAAGAAGUUUUCUUCUCAGAAUGAAUUACGACGCUCAAAGUUUACUAAAUCUCUUGUUUCUAUGCUUUCUGAGGAGGGUUUAACUUCUUCAAAAAUCUCAAAGGUGGUGAAUGCUAUGGACAAAGAAGUUAAUAUUACUCCAGUGCAAAUCUCCACUAUUAUAUCAAGCCAACGAAAGAAUAAUGUGGGGCGAGAAUGUCAAGGCAUCAUUAAACACUUUCAAAGGAAGUCUGUUCUUGAUGGAUCUUUUUAUUUUGAUAUGCAUUUAGCCGAAGAUGGAACAUUAAGAAGCGUAUUCUGGGCGGAUGGUAGGUCAAGAGCAGCAUAUGUUCAAUUUGGUGAUGUUCUUGUGUUUGAUGUGUCUUACCAAACAAAUAAGUUCAAGUUUCCCUUUGCCCCUUUCGUUGGGGUUAAUCACCAUGGGCAAUCAAUUUUAUUUGCAGCCGCUUUGUUAGAAGAUGAAACAGAGGCAACAUUUACAUGGUUGUUUGAACAAUUUCUGGAAUGUAUGUUUGAUAAGUCUCCUAUUGCUAUUAUCACUGAUCAAGACAAAGCUAUUGGAAAAGCAAUUGCCAAAAUAUUUCCAAAAGCACGACAUCGUUUUUGUGCGUGGCACAUGAAAAAACAUGUUAUGGAACACACUCAAGCACUACGCUCACAAUUUAAGGAGAGUUUUGAUGUUGACUUUCGUGCAUGGUAUAAAAGUCGAAGCAUUGAUGAGUUUGAAGGCAGUUGGGAAUCAUUGAAGACUAAAUAUGAUAUUAAAGAAGGAACUUGGUUGGCUAACAUGUAUGUUUCACGUCAUCAUUGGGCAAAGGUAUAUUUGAAAGAUACUUUUUGGGCUGGAAUGACCACAAGUGGCCGAAGUGAGAGCAUCAAUGCUUUUUUUGAUGGAUACGUCAACUCCAACACAAUGUUAAAUGACUUUGUUACUCAAUAUGACAAAGCAAUUAAGAGUAGGAGGGAUGCUGAAGAAGAUGAAGAUUUUAAAACUAGAAAUACAAAAGCAAUUUUGGAGACUACUCAUCAAAUUGAAGCAAUAGCUGGUGAGCGUUACACAAGAAAAAUAUUUAAUAUAUUUAAAAAGGAGUGGAUGGAAGCUGUUCUUCAUUAUGAGCAUGAAAAGAUUUUAAUGAAUGAAGAUCUAAUCAGGUACAAGGUGGGGUCUCACGAAGUUGAUAAAGAGUGGUGGGCAAUUGUUGACUAUCAUUUGACAGAAACCUUCACAGCUGAUUGUGAUCAUGCUGAUACACCCACUAAGGAAGUUAGUGCAUUGUUCUUGUGGUCGCUUCACUCCAAGUGCAAUAUGGCUAUUUCCGAAGCAAGAGAUUGUAUGUCUGAAAUUAGAAAGUUUGAUGAUUUUCUUGCUGACUUUAUUAGACAGCAACUGGAAAGAAAGAGAAAUAUAAUUGAAGAUGAAGCAAUUCCCCAAGUUGUUCCUUCACUAACUCCCGAAAUUCUUUCACAAGUUUCACUCAUUAACUACGUGCGUGAUCCCAUGCAUCCAGUCAAAACUAAAGGGCGUCCAAAGGUUGCUUCACGAUUGAAAUCAAGCAUUGAGUUGAUUUCAAAACAACAUAAGACUUGUAGUUAUUGUGGAGGAAAGGGUCACAAUAAAACCAGUUGUGAGAAGCGCAAGAUGGAUAUUGCAAGAGAGAAGCAAAAGGAGUACAAAGAUAACUAUUUGUCAGAAAAUCAUUCAGAGUAUCAAUUUGAAUAUGUGGAAGUCCUAUCUGAUUUUGAUGAAGAUGUUGGCAUUAAAGUUGCUUAUGUUGGCAAAGUGAAAGGGUUUGUUAGUCUCUUUCUGCAAAAUGUGCAGUAUGGAGUUCGCUUAUUUUGUGUUCCACCUAAUGAGUUAUAUAGGUUCUCGCAUCAGAUUCCUUCAUAUAAGAUGGCUGGUGAUGAAAGGGAAGAAAAACCAACUAUGAGAAUGGAAAAGUGA